GCAGCUUCCCCUCUUUCCCACAGACUCCGCGCAAUGAAUCGAAUGGUCACAGGCGGAUCAGGCGAAUGGGAAACAAGGACUUACAACAGACUGAUCAUCCCGAUCAAAUCAUUCCACGCGAGGAUUCAGUGGAUAGCAGAAGAACCAAUCGGAGAUCGACCUAUGAAUUUCAUCAGUCGGAUGACGUCGUCUCAUCGGUUCCGCGCGAGGAUUCGGCGCCUGACAGGAGGAUCGGGAGGACGUCCACGCCUAACAUCCAUCAGUCGGAUAACCCCAUCAGACUGAUCCAAACCAGGGAGUUGCGCGAAGCUAGAACGCUACUUCGGGGACUCAGUGGCGCAUCCGGAUGGAAGUGGGACGGCUGCUCCACCUGUCCGAAGGGAUGGGUGGAUGAUGGAGGGUCCACGUUAUGUCCAAGUUAGCGCAGGGUCGGGCAUCUCCGGCCGGUCGGGGAAGAAAUACGGAAAGCUGUCCGAGAUGGUCAAGAAGGAGAUGGCGACGAAGUACGAGGCCGGGAAGGAGGGCAUCCCGACCAUCUACAAACUCAAGAAGAGAAAGAUCAUGUCUUACCCGGAGAAGCAGAUCGCCAAGUACGACGUCGGGGAGAGAGUGAGGGAGGACAUCGAGGAGAAGGUCCUCAUGCUCGUCGGGGCCACCGGCGCAGGAAAGACGACGAUGAUCAACGGGAUCGUGAACUACGUCUACGGAGUGGAAUGGGACGACGACUUCCGUUUUAAGCUGAUCACGGAGCGCAAGACGCAAGAGACGACGGAGGCCAGCGCCCGGAGCCAGACGAAGCACGUCACCGCCUACACGCUGCACUGGCAGACGGGCUUCCAAGUCCCUUAUUCCCUCACCAUCAUCGACACCCCGGGCUUCGGGGACACGGAAGGGCUGGACUUGGACCGCGGCAUGCUCACGAAGGUGGGACUUCGAAGGGAGGUGCACUCAUUCUUCGCCGCCUGCAAACGCUACGGCUUGGACUCCCUGAACGGCGUGGGCCUCGUGCUCCCCGCUUCCGUCUCGAGGCUCACGGGGGCCCAGACCUACAUCUUCGGCUCCGUCAUGGAACUCUUCGGCAAGGACGUGGGGGACAAGUUCUACGUCCUCGUCUCCUUCGCCGACGGCCAGAGGCCGAAGGUCCUCAACACCCUGAAGGCGGCCAAGAUCCCCCACGACAAGUCCUAUCGCUUCAACAAUUCCGCCCUCUUCUCCGCCAACACGAUCGACGAGGGAUUCCAGUUCAUGUUCUGGGACAUGGGGACCAAGAGUUACAGCACUUUUCUGGAUGUCUUCAAAUCUUCGGAUCCGGUACCGCUGAAGAAGACGAUGGACGUGUUGGAGGACCGGCAGAGGCUGCAGGAUAUCAUGCAAAGACUGGAAUCGGAGAUUCGGCGAGGCCUGACCAAGCUCGAGGAGCUCCGUGAGACCUACGAGUCCGUGAAGACAAGCCGCAACACCCUGGACAAAUUCAAGGUGACCCGCAUGAAGUACGAGAGCAUCCCACUCAACAACGGGGAGUAUGCGAUCAACUGCUGCAAUUCCAAAUGCACCGGCCGGACCUGUCAGUACCCGAGCGACGUCACGGACCGAGAACUUCAACUGAGCCAGUGCAUGCGGAGCCGGACGACCACCGGAUACGCGAGAUGCAUUCAUUGCAACUGCGCCUAUCACCACCACGCCAACCAGAACUGGCGAUACGAGGCCACGGUCGUCACGGAACUUAGUUCCGAGGCGGAAAUACGUAGCCAGUACGAAAAAACCCUUAGAAAGAGCUUGUACAAAGAGGAACUGACGAAGAACCUUGCCGCUGACAUCCGGUCAUGUCAGCUUCAGGUGUACAGCAUGAUUUCCGACGCCCACAUGAUCAUGAAUCAACUGCAGGAGAAUGCACUACGUCCCGAGCCGGUCUCGACGGUCGAUUACAUCAACCUGCUGAUCGAAGCCGAGAAGCGGGAGGCAAAGCGGGGCUACCUGAUCCGGAUCCAGCAAUUGGAGGCAGUAAAGCGAGCAUCCCAGCUGGCCGAGGACCUCCUCCGGGGACAGCACAACCCCUUCCCCAACCUCCGGGAGACCUUGGAGAGCGUGCAGCUGCUGGACUUGGGUGAUACUGGUAACAUCGGCGCGCCCGACAGCCUCGUGGACACCAUCCGCGGGUUUCUCACUCGCGCGGUAAAGAAGCUAAAAAAGAACGAAGAAAAGAAACACAAGGACAAAAAGAAACGGCUCGGCUUUUUCAAGACCAAAUAGGCGUCUGCUUGACAUGGAUUUUACCAUAUCCCUAAUUGACACAUUUUUGCAAAGAUUGUUGCUCAAAUGUCAUUUCACCCUUCGCUCAUCUUUUCAUUGCCGCUCCAUCUUUUAUCCGCCAUUUUGAGAAUUAUCCUGCUGAGGGGACCUAUCUCGAAAAAUGCAAGUAUGGAAGUGGAGGUGGAGCGAAUGGAGAAAUGCAACACUUUGUAUGCAAGACGUGAAUUUACAAGCGUCUUCGAAAAAGAAGAAAUUAAACGAUAUCUUUCAACUCAAACGUCGGGCAUGAAGCUACUUUCUCACUCCACACUCACUCCAGGAUUCCUCCCGUCUCCUCGUCCCAUCAGAAGUAAUUAUUAACAAUGAAGACCAGAAUUCGGCUAGUGGGAGAAACAGCUCCUCCAAGUUGGGACGAACGAAAGCCACAAGAGUGCGCACUGAUUUGAGAAACGAGCCACUUGCAGAAUGAUGAAGUCUUGCAUUGAAAUGGUACAGUACUUUCGGAUAUGAUGAUAAACGACAUGAUAUUGUCACGUUCCUUGAGAACGUAAGGGGAUCUGGGAGAAGGGAAAGAAUUAACGGAUAUGGUUGCUCAGUCGUGGAAUAUUUUAUCAUAUUGAGUAAGUGUAGCCAGAACGACAGUGAAGGUAGAGGCAUUUUUCCAUGACAGAGGUGGAUCAAAGUGGUCCGAAUUGAAAUGUUCUUCCAUGAUUUGUAUUGCAUGCAAUACUUGGGGGUUACAUGUAUCAAUAAAGCGUUUAUUUUAUUACCUCCAAAAGUGAACUCAUUGCGAAGUCUAAUAAUAAAGAAGGGG